AUGUUGCUACUGACCCUCUUUUCCCCGAAGUUCAACACUGAGGGCGACGGGAAAAAACGGGGCGGUGUUGAGAACCAAGCAGAGGGCGCUCAGGCCCCCAAGAGGAGGAGAUUAGUCAAAGGCUCCUCCGCCAGCUCUUCCAACCCCGGCGCUCAACCCACCGCCGCCGCUGUGACCAAAGGCAAGAAAGCUGCCACCACCGCUGCCAUUGCAAGCUCCAAGUCUCCAACUGACGGGACGAGCCAACUCCCCGCCGCCGAAGCUUCCGCCACCGCGGCCACUGAGCCUGUUACUGUCACAGCCCUCGAUUCUGCUGCCGCUGGUACAGCCACCGGUGUCGCCACCGGUGCCGCCUCCAAGUCUGCCACUAUAGGCGCCACAACAACAACCGUCGACCAGUCGUCAACUGCUGGCCUAAGCGCCGCAGCUGCCGCUACAUGCUCCAAUGCUGCCGCCGGGGAGAAAGAAAGAGAAACAGAAAAAGAAAACCCAAAGUCUCCCCCGUGCCAAGUCACACCUCCUAGCCCGCCUCCCACGAACGAUGAGCGUUCCUUGUCUCCCCCGCCUCGCCAAGAAGAAACACCCUCUCCCGAUGCCGCCACUACUUUUGAGGCAGCCCGGAUUGAGCAAGCCCCUAGUAACAGAGGUGGUUCUUCUAGCCACUUCAGCAUGCUACCCAAUGCUAUUGAGCCCUCAGAGUUCUUGCUCACUGGCCUCAACCGCGACGUCAUAGAGAAAGAAGUGUUGAGCCGAGGCAUUAACAAGACCAAGGAAGAGACCCUUGCCUGUCUUCUACGCGUUGGGUGUAUCUUCGCCCACGCGUUUGACAACUUCAACUCCGCAGCUGCUGAAGCUGAACGGUUGAAGGCUGAGAGUGCUGAGCACCAAGAAGCCGCUGUUGCUUGGGAAAAGCGCUUCGACAAACUGGUGGCGCAGGCGGGAAAGGAGAAAGUUCAUGCCGACAAGUUGAUUGGCGCGGCGGGAAACAGGAUCGGUGAGCUGGAAGACCAUCUGAAGCUGGUGAAGGAGGAAGCGGACGACCUUGAUGCAAGCCUCCAAGCUUGUAAAAAAGAAAAAGAUCAAGUAGAGAAGGACUUGGCCGCCAAAGGCGAGGCGCUGGCUGCCAAGGAGUUAGAGCUUGAAACAUUGGGCGCUGAACUGGAGCUAGCAAAGAAGGCGCUGAGUCCUUGGCUUUGGUGA